GCGAGCGAGCGAGCGAGCGGCCGGCCUCGGCGGCGCGGCGGCCGCCGGUGCCCCCCACAGAGCCCCGCGGCGGAGGAUGGCGGUGGCGGCGGCCACGGCGGCAGCGGGCAGGGCAGAAGCAGCGGUGGGGCCGAGCGGCCGCGCGGCGGGAGCCAGCACCGUCCCGAGCAGCUCAUGGUGGCGCCCCAGACGCGCCAGCAGCGGCCGCGCCGGGGCCGCCAGCUGAGCCGGAUCCCGGCGGGCGGCUCUCCCCUCUCGACAUCGACCCACCCAGCGACCCGUUCCCCGGCGUGCCCUCUCCCCGGCGCGACACGCGCCUCCUCGGCUUGCCCCCCGCCGGGACCGGACUCCCUCCGCCCCCGGGGCGCCGCGGGGAAGGCGGCGGCGAAGGGCGCCGGGCAGCGCCAGGCGGCGGCGGGACCAUGGGCGCGAAGCAGAGCAGCCCCACCGCCGCCAACGGCCGCACCCGGGCGUACUCCGGCGGGGAUUUACCUUCCUCCAGCAGCAGCAGCAGCGGCGGCGCUAACGGGACCGGCGGGCGCUCGGCAGGCGCUGGCGGGCGGUACGCGCACCUGGCGGCGGCAGCGCCUCAUGCCGCUCCCGGCGGCGCGGCGGCGGCAGCAGGAGGAGGAGGAGCGGCGGCGGCGGGUGCCGCGGGGUCGGCGCCCCGGAGCAGGUCCUUAGGGGGGGCCACCGCCUCCGGGGCCCGGGCCGCUCAAUCCGCCUUCAACAUCCCCCACAGCAGCGGUCCGUACGGCUCGCAGGACUCGGUCAACAGCACCCCGGAGGAGGGCGGCCGGGAGCGGCCCGCGGGGGGCGGCAGCGGCGGCUCCUCCGGCGGGCCCCGGCUAGUGAUCGGCUCGCUGCCCGCUCACCUCUCGCCGCACCUGUUCGGAGGAUUCAAGUGCCCUGUAUGUUCAAAAUUUGUAUCUUCUGAUGAAAUGGAUUUACAUCUUGUGAUGUGUUUGACAAAACCAAGGAUAACCUACAAUGAGGAUGUGCUGAGUAAAGAUGCUGGGGAGUGUGCAAUAUGCCUGGAAGAGCUGCAGCAAGGAGAUACUAUAGCACGGCUGCCUUGCCUCUGCAUAUAUCAUAAAGGCUGCAUAGAUGAAUGGUUUGAAGUAAAUAGAUCUUGCCCUGAGCAUCCAUCAGAUUAAGACAAGAUUCAUGGUUUUAGCUGCUUCCACUGAUGAGAACAUCUACGAGAUGUGAGGUUCCCUUGCUGAACACAGUGUGCCUGGCUUGGGACUUGCAGUUCUUUGUGGCUGAAAAAGGCAAAGAUGGACAGUGACAUGAAAAAAGCAUCGCAGACACACCCGGUUACUUGCCAGUUGUGCUCAGUAUACCAAACACUCAUGCAAAGGACACACAGGGAUUUUGAAAAUGCUGCACAUUCUGUAACAAUCUACUCCCCGCUGACAUUACUGACUAUUUUAUAUUGAAGGCCAAAGUUCCUAAUUUCAGCCUAACUUCUGGUUCUGUGAAGGAAGCGGGUUGUUGGAUGUGUUUCCUACUCUGUCUCAAGAGGAAGCGGAGACAUUGGUCCGUGCUUUCUGAGAUCCUUGCAGGAGGAUGGCCCUGGUUUUGAGCGGGAACGUUUUCGCCUUCUUGUUGGCUGAAGAAGAGUAAAUGGCAAACUAAAUAUAAUCUUAACAGUGUGACCUUAAUUUACUGAAUUCACACCCUGUUUUAUGUUCUACACUUUUUCCAAGAACAGAAAACAUAAACUUCUCUGCAUAGGAAUACUGUAUUUCAACAUUUUGUAACUAAACCUUUGUCACAAUGCAGUCCAAAGAGUAAAACCAAGACAGGUAACUAAUUUAUCUUGAGCAAGCUAUAGGGAUCGUUGAAAUCUGCACAUGGUAUGGCUAUUUAAGUAACUAAAACUUCUCUUCUACUGCUUGUGAGUAAAAACAAAACAAAAAAAUGCAGCAAAGCGAAAUCUUACAGCUAUGCAACUUUUUUUUAAAUAGGAAAGAAAAAAAAAAAUUACCAAUUUUAAGUGCUGCCAGGUAAGGUAAUUUGUUUAACGGGUAUUUUUUUAAAGAUGUUUCAGGUAAUUAUUUUAUUGUACUACUGUCAUCUCCAGGCUGCCUCCUGAGGUGUAAAUGAGUAACUGCAAAAGUGAGCACAGCAAGAGGUUUUUAUAGGCACGGGUGAGAUAAUAUCGAGGUGGGAUUUGUGUUUAAUUUUUAAAAUGCAGAAGUUUUUGUUUCCUGGUUUGAAUGUUUUAUUUUGAUGGCAGGAUCUGUAGUACUUUGCAUCUAAAUCCUUGGUCUCUUUGUGUGGAGACAAGCAUUU